GCUUUUCUUCUUUCUCGCCCGAAGUUAAAUCGGAGUUUUACAAAAGUUAAAGGACAAUGUAGUGUAAGGCUAACUAUAGUACAGUUUGACACUAAAUAACAGACGUCUGCGUUUAAAAAAAAAUCGACCUUAUGUUUUUCUUCUUGUGAGAAAGUAAAGAAAAAAAGAGGAUAAUUCACCAUUGUUCGAACUGGAUCGUCUAACGCUUCCCAGAUUUCCUGUUCCUGUUUGGAAGACUUACCGAGGGCCGCUGAGGUGCAGUGACGCAAAAACACACAGUAGGCGAACGCAGCCGAAUGGACUGGCGCUCAGGACUCUGACACUCAGAGGGGUCUCCUCCCCCUGUCCACACUCAGCAGAGGGACGCUCAGACCUGACCGUAUUCCGUGACCUUUUGUCUGGUUUGCCUAAUCCUAUUCAACCAAAGACUUUUUAUUUUAUUUUGGUGGCUCUUGGUUUUAAACAAAACCAUUUUUUUCCUGUGGCAAAACUGGGAUUUCCCCUCAUAUUAUGCACAUCAAUGGAUACCAGUGGCUCAGUGGUUAGCAUGGGAUCUGAGGAGCAGUCCUUUCAUGUCCGCUACAGGAUGGAGGUGUCCUGUCUGGAGCUGGCGUUGGAGGGUGAGCGGCUCUGUAAGGUGGGCGACUACAGGGCAGGGGUCUCCUUCUUCGAAGCGGCCAUCCAGGUGGGCACAGAGGACCUGCAGGUACUCAGCGCCAUCUACAGCCAGCUGGGCAAUGCCUACUUCCACCUGCAUGACCACGCCAAGGCCCUGGAGUUCCACCGGCAUGACCUGACCCUGACCAGGACCAUUGGUGACCUGCUUGGAGAAGCCAAAGCCAGCGGAAACCUUGGUAACACAUUGAAAGUGUUGGGGCGGUUUGACGAGGCUGUGGUUUGCUGUCAGAGGCACUUGGACAUAGCCAGAGACAUCAAUGAUAAGGUGGGUCAGGCGCGAGCUCUGUAUAACUUUGGGAAUGUUUACCAUGCCAAAGGCAAAAGUAUCUGUUGGAGUGGAGCGGAGCCGGGAGACUUCCCAGAGGAGGUGAUGGAGGCCCUGGGAAAGGCUGCCGAGUAUUACGAGGCAAACUUGGCUAUAGUGAAGGAGCUUGGGGAUCGCGCUGCUCAGGGUCGAACCUAUGGUAACCUCGGCAACACGUACUACUUGUUGGGAAGCUUUCGCCAAGCGGUUGCUUCUCACGAACAGCGGUUGCGCAUAGCUAAGGAGUUUGGCGACCGCUCUGCAGAGAGACGGGCGUACUGCAACCUGGGGAACGCCUACAUCUUUUUGGGAGAUUUUGAAGUGGCAGCUGAACAUUACAAGAUGGGCAGAAGACACAGCAUGGAGAACCUGGAGCUGAUGAAACUCACUCCAGACAAGAUGAAUGGACAGAAGUGGAACAGUGACAUCCUGACCAAACAGUCCAAACCCUCCAUGACGAAGGGCUCCUCCAAGCUGUUCUUCGUCAGCCGUCUGCGUGGGAAGAAGUUCAAGUCUGGUGGCUCCAGUAAGGUCCUGCAGGACACCAGCAACACCCUGGACAGCAGCCAGACCCCCGCACAGGGGCCACAGAAGAGACUCAGUCCUGACAUGCUGGGAGACGAGGGCUUCUUCGACCUGCUGAGCCGUUUCCAGAGCAACCGCAUGGAUGACCAACGCUGUUCAAUCCAGGAUAAGGGCAGCCGGUUAUCGCUAAGCAGCGGCCCAGAGUUGCCUCCCACAGUCAUCAGGAAAUCUGUAUCAGAGUCCGCCAACGUCUCAGGCACACAGGGCCGGCGGUUAGAGGGGCCGUCAGCUGCGGGGGGGAGCCUGCCCGGCCUCAGGCUCCAUCAAAACAGCAACCAAGCGGUGCUCAGCCACCUGAUGGCCAACGCUGACAACGCCGAGCCUGACGACGACUUCUUCGAUAUGCUCGUCAAGUGCCAGGGGUCCCGUUUGGAUGACCAGCGCUGUACCGCUCCCCCUCCUCCAAUCAGAGGUCCGACUGUACCUGACGAGGACUUCUUCAGCCUCAUCAUGCGCUCUCAGGCCAAACGGAUGGACGAGCAGCGAGUCGCCCUCCCGUCUGCAGCGAAUACUACAGCCAGGCCGAACACCAACUCCUAAACCCAGGGGGGGGGGUCUCUGUCUGUUUUCAUCUCAUGAAGGUGUGGACAGCAUUAUGAAAGACCAGCAGGUGGUCCCUCACAAGUAGCCUUAUAUCUUCAGUCCUUUUGGACAAAACAAAGCACUGUCAGAAUUCUAUUUAGUACAAAGUAUGUAAAGAAAGGACUUGUUUCGCACUCUCCGUAGCAUCAGGGACAAAAGUGUUGUUUUUUUAUCCUUUUGUACAAAUUUCAUUUCACCCUAUGUGUAUUUUUAAAUACACUUCUACAGUUGUGUCUGUAUUUAUUGUACUUUUAUGAUUGUUACGAUUUUUUUGUUAACUGCCGUCCUACCACCAUGAAAAAAUGUGGUUUUCUCAAAGUGGUUUCUGAGUCAGGGAGGAGCAGCACUCUUUCCAUGUAUUUUGCUUUUUUUAAAGGGAGGCCUAAAAGUUACCACGGUCAGAAUAAUAAAAUAGUAUUUUUAAGCAAACUGUAUGAUAAAAUAAUGAAUUGAACCCCUGUGCAGCCCUUUGUUUGUUUGUACUUGGCCAGAGGAAUAAAGCCUCUUCCAUGUAG